AUGAAAUACAAAAUAAAAUCAACAUUUGGACUGGGUUAUGUCUUGGCAGCGUGUGUCUACCCCAAGCUCCUGGAUGAAAAAAGCCUUCCCCUGGAUGCCAGGCAGAGGGCAAAUACGCUUCUGGGGAUCUGCAGUGGAAGGAGCGUGGGCUCAUACUGUGCAACAGCCUAUGGCAUACCAUAUGUCUGUAAAAGUAUUACUGAGUUUAUCAUGAGGCGAGACGGUGGAGUGAGUUCAAACCCAGAAGACAUCGUCAUCUCCUCUGGCUCUACGAAGACAUUGUUGAUGGUUCUGCACCUGAUGGCCAGUGGGGAAGGGGAGACUCGCACAGGUGUGUUGACCCCGAUGCCCUGCCCACACACCCUGCCCACACUGCUGAACAUGGCUGGAUUGACUUUGGUGCCUUACCAGCUGUUGGAGGACCGAGGCUGGGCUGUAGAUCUGGACGAGCUGCACCGAGCUCUGAGAACCACUAGGGGACACUGUUCUCCCAGAGCAAUUUACAUCAGCAAUCCAGGAAACCCCACAGGUCAUGUGCAAGACAGGAAAUCAAUAGAGGAAGUUAUUCGUUUUGCUGCAACCGAGGGUCUCGUCCUGUUGGCUGAUGAGGUGUACCAGGACAGUGUGUAUGGACAAGGGAAAGAGUCUCUUUCCUAUAAGAGAGUCCUGUUUGAGAUGGGCAAAGAGUACUCAAAGAAAGUGGAGCUGGUCUCCUUCCACUCAUUAUCCAGCGCCUGCAUGGGAGAGUGUGGUCUAAGGGGAGCGUAUAUGGAGGCAGUUAACCUGGACCCAGCCGUGAUGAAAUAUUUAAGAGAUGCGCAGGCCCCUUCCAGCCCUCCAGUUUUACCACAGCUCGCUCUGGAGGUCAUGGUCAAUCCACCCACCCCCGGAGAUCCUUCCUAUGAAACAUAUUCACAGGAGAUUCUUCACUCUUUGACAACCUUGUCCCAGAAUGCUCAGCGUGCUUGUGAGUUCCUGAAUGAUCUAUCAGGGAUCAAAUGCCAACCAGCGAGGGGGGGAGUUUUUCUUUUUCCCCGUCUGCAUUUACCACCUCAAAUGGUAGAGGAGGCCAAGAUGUUAGGAGUGGAGGCAGAUGUGCUUUACUGCCAGAGGUUACUGGAGGAGGAAGGUGUGCAUUUGGGAGCCGGCUGUGAGAACGGACAAGUAGAUCCAAACUUCCACAUCAGGUUGUGUGUUUUGGCUCCUCCCGACACCCUGGACGAGAUCUUGGCACGACUUCACUCUUUCCACCUGCGCCUGCUGGAGAGGUUUCCCUGAGUCAAGGACACAGACUCGGGGGGAAAAUACAGAAUCCUGGUCAACACUACAUACCUUUUUAUUACUGCUAAUCGUUUGAUUGACACUGUCAAAUACAAUUAUAACUUUUUAUAACUGUGCUGGAGUUUUCUUUCAA